CUACUUUGGAUUUCCCCGGAAGUGAGGUGGCCACUCGGAGGAGCAAGCCAAAGAUAAACACGUAUCGGAGACUCAGGCGUCUUUGGGACUUGGGGUAUAUAAAUGUUAGUUAAAAUAGACAGCGAAAUGCUUGAAGAAGGGAAAAGUAAUUGGUCGUAAUAUAGUUGAGGGACUUGAUACAUCUUGUAAUCAUAGUGAACGCCCCAAUCAAAGCGUUGGAACAAGAUCAACAAGUGAAUUCCGUGACAAAAACGACAUCGAGUCCCUGUAGAUACUGCCUACACCAUGGUGCGUGCAGGCCUGGUGACUGCCACCAGUCUGGCUCUGACUGGCGCUGUGAUUGCCCAUGCCUACUUUCUCAAACACCAGUUCUACCCCACUGUGGUCUACCUCACUAAGAGUAGCCCCAGUAUGGCAGUGUUGUACAUCCAGGCGUUUGUGUUGGUGUUCCUGUUGGGAAAGUUCAUGCGUAAAAUCUUCUUCGGACAGCUGAGAGCUGCGGAGAUGGAGCAUCUGAUAGAGCGAUCCUGGUAUGCUGUCACAGAGACGUGUCUGGCCUUUACCGUGUUCAGGGAUGACUUCUCUCCCCGCUUCGUAGGCCUCUUCACCCUGCUGCUCUUCAUCAAGUGCUUCCACUGGCUGGCUGAGGACAGGGUGGACUUUAUGGAGAGAAGUCCUAAUAUAUCCUGGGUCUUCCACUUCAGGGUGUUCUCUCUCAUGGUGUUGCUGGGAAUCCUGGACUUCCUGUUUGUUAACCAUGCCUGUCACAGUAUCAUCACCCGAGGGGCCUCUGUCCAACUAGUCUUUGGAUUUGAGUAUGCCAUCCUGAUGACAAUGGUGCUCACCACCUUCAUCAAGUACACCCUCCACACUGUUCACCUCCAGAGUGACAACCCCUGGGACAACAAAGCAGUUUACAUGCUCUACACCGAGCUCUUCACUGGUUUCAUCAAGGUCCUCCUGUACAUGGCAUUCAUGACCAUCAUGAUAAAGGUGCACACCUUCCCCCUAUUCGCCAUCCGGCCCAUGUACCUGGCUAUGAGGCAGUUCAAGAAAGCAGUAACUGAUGCCAUAAUGUCCCGGCGAGCCAUCCGCAACAUGAAUACACUUUACCCAGAUGCCACUCCUGAAGAUCUGCUGGCUUCAGACAACGUAUGUAUCAUCUGUCGUGAAGAGAUGGUGACUGGAGCCAAGAAACUUCCCUGCAACCAUAUCUUCCACUCUAGUUGCCUUCGCUCCUGGUUCCAGAGACAACAGACGUGUCCUACAUGUCGUAUGGAUGUACUCCGGGCCUCUAACCCCAAUCAGCCUCCCACCCCAGCCCCUGCCCAGCCUCCUGCCCCAGCAGCACCCGCCAACGCCCCUGUCCCUGGUCCACCUGGGAACGUUGGCCCUGGAAUGAUGCCCCACUUCCCCCCAGGGCUGUUUCCUUUCUGGGGCCCCUUCCCUGGAGCGGCUCCCCCUGCUGAUGCUCACGUUGCCCCAGGGGCCACAGACGCCCCUGGGGCCACAGAGGCGGCUCAGACUCAGGGCGCUGGUACCAGUCAUUCCACAGGGGCCAGUACAGUCGGUGCUGCUCCUGCUCCAGGAGGCCCUAUGCCUGGGUUCCCCUUCCCCUCCUUCCCACCCCCACCAUUCCCCUCAGCUCCGUGGCUGACUAUGCCACCACCUCCACCGUUUGUGUCAUCCAUGCCCCCUCCUCCCCCAGCCCUGUCCACCAUGUCAGAGGCUGAGCUGAGGGAGCUGGAGCAGGGGGGCCGUAGAGGCCUGGAGGCCAGACUGCAGUGUCUCCACAACAUCCACACUCUACUGGACGCUGCCAUGCUCAACAUCCACCACUACCUCACUACCGUCGCCACGCUCACUCCUCCUCAGUCAGAAACCAGCAGCGCUGCUGGAGAGGCCAGCGGAUCAUCUCCUCCCUCCACUAGUGCAGAAACCCAGGAGAACCAGGAGAAUGACUCUCAGAGCAGUACAGCCGCUGAACCUGAAGCUGUGAAUGGGGCCACAGGUUUCUCCCAGCCAGACUCUACCACGAUGGACGACAGUGAAGACAAGCGGGAUGAAGAGGAAGGAGAUGGAGAGGAAGUCGGCGAAGACGGAGAGCCCAACCCUUCAGAGCUGAGGCGCCGUCGUCUCCGCAAGCUCGAGACCACAACCCCUCCUCCUGACCACUGAUACAUGCCUACUGAUGCAUUCUGGGAACUGACUUAUCAAUCAAUACAUUAUUGAUUACCAAUCAAUAAUAAGAGAUGUAUUUUAUUUUUUCUCUUUUUCCCCUCCUGGCUCUGCAUUUUGUGCUGUUUAAACUCAGACAGCCAAAGAGAGAGGAAGAAGGAACAACCAUUUUGUUGUUGGAACAUAUUAAAAGCAAGAUUAUUUUCUUUUUCAACUGCCUGACAUCUUACGAUCCAUAUGCAGGUGUUUUGUUUCACCACUCUUCACCCAAUACUGAGGAGUGAUAUUCAAACACACAGACCGAACUUCUUCAAAUACAGACCUGGCCGGAGACGGGACUUCUUCAAAUACAGACCUGACCGGAGACUGGACUUCUUCAAAUACAGACCUGACCGGAGACCGAACUUCUUCGAAUACAGACCUGACCGGAGACCGAACUUCUUCGAAUACAGACCUGACCGGAGACAGGACUUCUUCAAAUACAGACCUGACCGGAGACCGAACUUCUUCGAAUACAGACCUGACCGGAGACCGAACUUCUUCAAAUACAGACCUGACCGGAGACCGGACUUCUUCAAAUGCAGACCGGAGACCGGACUUCUUCAAAUGCAGACCUGACCGGAGACCGGACAUCUUCAAAUGCAGACCUGACCGGAGACCGAACUUCUUCAAAUACAGACCUGACCGGAGACCGGACUUCUUCGAAUACAGACCUGACCGGAGACCGGACUUCUUCAAAUUCAGACCGAACCUCAGACCUGAUUUCUUUAAAUAGACCUGACUUCUUCAAAUACAGACUUCACCGGAGAGCUGAUUUCUUGGUCAGUGACAGCAAAGUGGACGAGUGUUUUAAAUCUCAGGUCACUGCUACUUCUCCUUCUACCGUGGAGUCAAUCCAACUGUGAGAGGUUGCUUUUUCUUCAUCACUGUAAAAUGUAUCCCCCUUAUUGUCCUGCUUGUCAGACUGUGUUACAUGGAAGCCAGACCCUUUUUGAGUUAAAGCAAUGUCUGAAAUGGGCCCCCUAUUCCCUACGUAGUGCAUAGGUCUCUGGUUGGAAAUAGUGUACUAUCUAGGGAAUAGGGUGUAGCCAUAGCGUCCUGAGUGAUGAGAUUAUACUUUCUGUUUUUGUAAUUUCUGAUUUCUCAAGAUUUUGCUGCGGGCGGGAUUAUUAUAACUUAAUAAGGAAGUGGGUUGAUUUAACCUGUACAUACUGUAUAGUUUUACUAUGAUCUGUACAUACUGCAGAAUAAACCAAUGAAAUGUU